AGCGACCUCUUGCGCCUGCGCAGAGUGUACUCAACACUGACAACAGAAGCCGAUAGAAGUGUUUCGGAAGUGAAGCAGCAAAUCCGGGGAGAAAAAAAGGCCAAAAGCAGUGAAAACACCAACAUCUAUUGCCAACAACUCCAGUGGGGGAAACAUUGUCGAGAGCGUCAUUCCUGAAAGAUGGCCAGCAUAUGACGGCAAGGCAUUGUUAAACUUCAACAUCAUCAGGCGAGCAGAGGCGGGCCAUGAAGGACGCGGGUGCUUGAAGAACAGGUCCGGUGUGGCGAUGAAGCUCAAACAACGCUUGUUGCUGCUGUGUGCCGUGCUUCUCCUACUGGGCCUCGCCAAGAUCUUCCUGCUUGACGGCGGCGAGGGCUCUGCUGCCAGCAGGCGCGACCUGAAGUCCUUUCGCAAGAUGGAGGCGGGGCUGUCUCUGUCACGGGGGGCUCGCCUCGCCCACACCCUGCAGUCUCCCUGGGAGAUAGCCAGCCAAUGGGUGGGUCCCAGAGAGGUGUACCCCGAGGACACGCCCGAGCUGGCGGCGGUGCUCACCGCUCUGACCACCGCCCGAAUACUGCGGGCCGACGUGGGCUACAUGGGGACGCAACUUAAAGCCCUGCUGGUUCUGGACGGGGGGCAGAAAGUGGUCUUCAAACCCAAAAGAUACAGCCGCGACCACGUGGUGGAAGGAGAGCCGUACGCCGGUUACGACCGACACAACGCAGAGGUGGCUGCCUUCCACCUGGACAGGAUCCUGGGCUUCAGGAGAGCGCCCCUAGUGGUGGGACGUUACAUCAACCUGCGCACCGAGCUCAAACCCGCGUCCACCGACCAGCUGCUCAAGACGUUCCUCACGCAGGGGAACAACACGUGCUUCUACGGGAAGUGUUUCUACUGCCGGGAGAGCGACCCGGCGUGUGCCGAGGGCGACAUGAUGGAGGGUUCACUGACCAUGUGGCUGCCGGACGUCUGGCCGCUGCAGAAACACAGACAUCCCUGGGGACGCACCUACAGAGAGGGCAAACUGGCCAGGUGGGAGUACGACGAGGGCUACUGCGAAGCAGUGAAGAAAAUGCCCCCGUAUGACGCUGGUCCGCGGCUGCUGGACGUCAUCGACACAGCCGUGUUCGACUACCUCAUCGGGAACGCCGACCGCCACCACUACGAGAGUUUCCAGGACGACGGCGGCGCCAGCAUGUUAAUCAUGCUGGACAACGCCAAGAGCUUCGGGAACGCUGCCAUGGACGAGCGAAGCAUCUUGGCGCCGCUCUACCAGUGUUGCAUGAUCCGCGUGUCCACCUGGAAUAGGCUGAACCUGCUGAGGGGCGGGGUCCUGAGCUCCGCCCUGCAGCGGGCGCUGGCAUUCGACCCCAUCCAGCCCGUGCUGGCCGAGCCGCACUUCGCCGCCCUGGACCGCCGCCUCAUGGCCGUCAUGUCAACAAUCCAGCAGUGCGUGGAGGCGCUAGGAGUCGACAACACGCUGAUAGAAGACCGCAUGAACCCGCCACACCCCUAACCACGUGAAUCCGCCACACCCCUAACCAUGUGAACCGGCAAAACCCCUAACCACGUGAACCCGCCACACCCCUAACCAUGUGAACCCGCCACACUCCUAACCAUGUGAACCCGCCACACCCCUAACCACGUGAACCGGCAAAACCCCUAACCACGUGAACCCGCCACACCCCUAACCACGUGAACCCGCCACACCCCUAACCACGUGAACCCGCCACACCCCUAACCACGUGAACCCGCCACACCCCUAACCACGUGAACCCGCCACACCCCUAACCACGUGAACCCACCACACCCCUAACCACGUGAACCCGCCACACCCCUAACCACGUGAACCCGCCACACCCCUAACCACGUGAACCCGACCACGUGAACCCGCCACACACCCAACCACGUGAACCGGCCACACCCCCAACCACGUGAACCCGACCACGUGAACCCGCCACACCCCUAACCACGUGAACCCGCCACACCCCUAACCACGUGAACCCGACCACGUGAACCCGCCACACACCCAACCACGUGAACCCGCCACACCCCUAACCAUGUGAACCCGCCACACCCCUAACCACGUGAACCCGACCACGUGAACCCGCCACACCCCUAACCACGUGAACCCACCACACCCCUAACCACGUGAACCCGCCACACCCCUAACCAUGUGAACCCGCCACACCCCUAACCACGUGAACCCGACCACGUGAACCCGCCACACACCCAACCACGUGAACCCGCCACACCCCUAACCAUGUGAACCCGCCACACCCCUAACCACGUGAACCCGACCACGUGAACCCGCCACACACCCAACCACGUGAACCCGCCACACCCCUAACCACGUGAACCCGCCACACCCCUAACCACGUGAACCCGACCACGUGAACCCGCCACACACCCAACCACGUGAACCCGCCACACCCCUAAACACGUGAACCCGCCACACCCCCGACCACGUGAACCCGCCACACCCCUAAACACGUGAACCCGCCACACCCCCGACCACGUGAACCCGCCACACCCCUAACCACGUGAACCCGCCACACCCCCGACCACGUGAAGCAACAAGACGGAUGUACAGGGUGGAACUAUCGACUGCUGGAUUAUGUUUCACUUCUUGCAAACUUAAUGUGGGCACAGAGAAGGAUGGAGGCACUUCUCGCCAACAAACAGACUUCCUGUGCUGAAGUUGCCAUCUUUGGACCAAAAACUCAAUAGACCUGACCUGCCUUCUCGUCCGAACAACAGGAAGUGACCUCACUUCUUGUCUAAAGAACAGGAAGUGGUUUUCAUUAUGAGUCCACGCAUCAAAGCA